AUGGAUCUUCCACUGACUUGCAACAAUCUAAAAUGCCGAGCUGAGCUCGGCGAUCACACUGAUCGACGCCAAUGCAGCCAUAUUUUCUGCCUGGAGUGCACCAACCGCUUCUGCCUCUCGGGUCAGGACCGACAGAACCGCGUCCCAUGCCCAGCCUGCGAUACCCAGCUCGGCAGCCCCGACGACGCCGUCAUCUCGAACCUCAAGCCGUCCGAGGCGUACAAGACGAGCAUCCUCAGCGGGCUGUCGCCCAGCAUCAUCAUGGAGUGUGCCGGGCGCGCGCUCAGCUUCUGGGCGUACCAGACGACGCAAAACAUAUACUACCAGCAGUACCUCUACAAGACGCUGACGGAAAAGUACGCGACGCUCAGCGGCCGCCUCGAGCAGACGGUCAGCGAGGCCAAUGCGCAGAUUGAAACACUGCAGCGCAAGAUGGGUAGCCUGGCGGCGGAAAACGACAAGGCAAGGAAGCAUAAUGAGGACCUCUCCAAGGCGUACAAGGAAAAGAGCAGGCAGCUGCUGCAAACGCAGGAGCUGCACGACAAGCUGCGGCACACGGUGGAGAUGGGCCACAUUCAGCGGGCUGCGACAGACGCGAUUGAUUCUAGAUUUCAGCAGCAACAGCAGCAGCAGCAGCAGUCGUCGAGACAUUUUGCGCCGCCCCAGCCGGUGUCGUACAGCGGUGUGAAUCCACGACCGGGCAGUGUCGUAGGGUUCCGCGGGUAUAGGACGGCAGCCGAUCCGGAACAGGCAUCCGACGGCGGCACUCGCGGCUUGAUGAACAAGAACUCCGGGCCCUGGCGACGAGACGGUUCUAUAACAGGUACUGUGCAUACCCUUGCGGCGUAA